AUACACACAUUGUUCCUUUUUCACCAAAAAUGGCAUAAAUUUAUCUUCCUUAUUUACCCUUUGCCUAAAUACACAUUGCCCUCCCCCCUCUCUACUCUCCGGAGACUCCCCCUCGGCUUGUCCUAGGGUUUCUCUCUCCGCCAUCUCCGUGACUGAAUUUCCGAGCAUAAGUAGGUUUAACUUAUUCGCCGCCGAGAAUUUUAUCCCGGCGAUGGAAUUUGCGAGAGGGCCAUCGUCAAUAUAUUGAACAAGGAGAAAGGAAAAGAAAGUCAAGCUUAGGAUACUGCUUGCAGCGAAUCUUUAUCCAUAUUUCCGUAAAUUGCAAUUGCAAUGGAGAGAUUUGAAGGUUCUACAUUAGCAAUAGCUGGCUUUUCUAUUCGGAGAAAGAGAUCCACCGUGUCCCGUGUACCGCGUGUUAUAUCAGGGACUUCCAAUUGCUUCACUUUUCUGCCGUCUUCGACAGAGGUGUCCACUAGUCUUCCUUUUGAGGAGAACACGGCUUUCAGGAACGUGGGUCAUCUGAGUCGACAUGCCACUGUGAACAAAGUGAAGUUCAAGUUUAAGACAGAUGGCGCUGCUCGAGAAAUCAAAACCAAUUCGAUGUCUGAUAUCAACGGGGAGAGACCUACUUGCCAUUCUCAUGGGAUUCAGUCAGCAGAAUUCCAGCUUAUGGAGACAUCACCAAUGCAGGACGAAAGACAAAGUUCAUUUCCAUAUAAGGUAGAAGGCAAUGGGUUACAACAGAGACAUGUGCAGAAAACAAUCUGUCUGGCAGAGAUUCAUCAAUUUAGAGAGAAGCCCUCCGAGAUUGUGAAUGGAACAUCUAUGUCCAAAUCAGUUCGAAAGAGCAAAAAAGGUCUUAAGAGGCGUGUAUUGGAUGAGGAACUAGACAGUGAUGAUGGAGAUGAAGAAAUCAGAUACCUUGAGAAGUUAAAGUCUAAGAGGACUUCCAGAGUCUCUGAAGCUGAGGAGGAGGAAGAGGAGGAAGAACAUCUCUCAGAAGAUAAAUUCGGUACACGGAAGAAGAAACCAAUAAUGUGUAUGGUUGAUUCUUUCCCAGCAGGAGCAAGUGGGCAGACUCCUACUACGCGCACUCGGGCUCUCCAGUCUGGGAAAGAUGCUUCUUCUCUCCCUGGUUCGGGUCUUCUUGAAUUCCCGGAUGGCUUACCUUCAGCCCCUUCCAAAAGACAAAGACAGAAGCUUUCUGAAAUGGAACAACAGUCCAAGAAAGCUGAAGCUGCUCAGAGACGACGAAUGCAGUCAGAGAAGGCUGCCAGAGAUGCCGAGGCUGAAGCUAUCAGAAAAAUACUAGGGCAAGAUUCCGGGAGAAAGAAGAGAGAGGAGAAGAUAAGAAAACAACAGGAAGAACUUGCACGGGAGAGAGCCGCGAAAUCAAACACAGUCGCGGCGAACACCAUUAGAUGGGUCACUGGUCCAAGUGGAACGACCGUGACUUUUUCUGAAGAUAUUGGUCUCCCAGAUAUAUUCAGACCGGUCACAUUCAGUUAUCCUCCUGCACGGGAAAAAUGCGUCGGGCCAAACUGUACCAACGCAUACAAGUACCGGGAUUCAAAGUCGAAACUUCCUCUAUGCAGUCUGCAUUGUUACAAGGCAAUACAAGAGAAGAAGAUGCAACCUCUUAUUACAUGCUAGCAAUCAACAAGGGGAUUUUUUGCUAACCGAGUCAAAGAAACAGGAUAAAGAUUGCGGCAGAGUUGUGCCAUGACCAAUGCAAAACGAAGAGAGUUCCAUGGUUGGGAUGAAAACAUUGGGAUUGCAAUUAAAGGGUAUAAUGCCGAGUACACACAUUGUUCGUCUUCGGUGCUUUUUUUAGCUCACGAAGCAAGAUGAAAACAGCACAAAAUAUUGUUUGUAGAAUUAAUUACGACAAUUAACACACUGGACGGUAUUUACUUAACAGGUGGAUGGACAUUUUCA